AUGGCAGGACAGGAGCCCACUAGCGAGGACGAUGAUGUACGUGUGAGACUUGUCCAUGGAAGGGAAAUGUUAGCCGCCUACCCCUAUCUUUGGAUGGGCUUCGAACCAUGCUCUCGAAGAGACCUUGAGCUCUUCAACUGCAGUCCUGUCGAUUUCGUCGGAUACGACCACACAAGCUACCUCCGCAAGAUCACUACCAUGACGUGGGAGGUGAAAGUCAGGUCCGGCAAGGAACUGUUCGUCACAAAUGAAGAGCAAAUUCGUAUUAACGAAGGGCUACCUAAAGGUUGUUUCUUCACCCCCGGACGUCGCAACAAAGAACCCCACGUCAAGAUCACUAUCCCCGUAGAUAAACGGGGCACAUUUAAUGCCACUACCGGUUUCCUCUGCUCCAUGUGGAGCAAGUUGAAAUUCCUCAAGGGACCACACGAAAGCAAUUCAACCUGUGCAUGGGAUGCCAUGAUCAUCUAUGAUUGCACUGCUAGCUCAGAAGGUACUCUCAGGGGUUGCCCCCAGAUCGCCACGCGCAAAUGGGACAUUCUUCUCAUGAAAGUGGGCGACGAUUAUGAGUACCCCUGGCUCGUCGCCGCAAUCAAGGACUCUGGAGCCUAUACCGAUUUGCGCCAUGACCCUUUUGACGAACGACAACGGAGUGCAUUCGAGUCCUUUCACGGCCUUGGAAACUUCUAG